CUCCGUCCUGUCGAUCACUCCCCUACGAGAUAGCACCGAGUUUUUAAUUGUGCUGGACUCCUCAGCCGCCUCUGCCGGGUGGAGACUGAGCAGGGGCGGCAGUCUCUGGGGGUUUUGGCUCCAUUAAGCGGCCGCCCUGACGGGCUCCAGGUCUCAGCCUCCGCUGCUGGCCGAGGCAGCGCGCUCCAGCGUCUCCCAGUGUCCGGGUCCCGGGGCCGGUCCCAGGGCAAGGACAAGUCCUGGGCGGGGGCAGCUCCUGAGUUAACGAGUUUAAAACUCCGGCCAUCCCAGCAGAGCCGACGCAGGACCUCACCAAGCCCAGCCCUAGUCAGUAAGGCGGAAAAUGCAGCGCAAACUCUGCGAGGUUUGAGCCUCGCGGCUCGCCGUUCCCGAGCCCCGGCGUGGAUACGUUCCCGCUCUUUCUGGCGUGAGGGGGUCAGAGGGCGCCGCGCAGGCGCACGGAGCAGAGGUCGCUGCAGCCAUGGGCGAAGCAGGCGGGACAGAGGAGGCCUGCCGGCACGUGGGAUCUAAGGAAGAAUUCGUUAAAGUCAGAAAGAAGGACCUGGAACGGCUGACAACUGAAGUAAUGCAAAUCCGGGACUUCUUGCCCAGAAUACUAAAUGGAGAAGUGCUGGAAAGCUUCCAGAAGCUAAAGAUUGUAGAAAAAAACCUGGAAAGGAAAGAGCAAGAAUUAGAGCAACUGAGAAUGGAUUGUGAGCACUUUAAAGCCCGCCUAGAGAUCGUGCAGGUUGACAGCACACGGGAGAAGAAGGAGAAGCUUGCUCUCCGACAGCAGCUGAACGAAGCAAAGCAGCAGCUCCUGCAGCAGGCCGAGUACUGCACGGCGAUGGGGGCGGCGGCCUGCACGCUCCUGUGGGGCGUCUCCAGCAGUGAGGACGUCGUCAAGGCCAUCCUGGGCGGAGAUAAAGCUUUGAAGUUUUUCAACAUCACUGGUCAAACAAUGGAGAGUUUUGUGAAGUCACUGGAUGGGGAUGUCAAGGAGCUCGAUUCUGAUGAAAAUCAGUUUGUGUUUGCUUUGGCGGGGAUCGUAACAAAUGUUGCUGCCAUAGCAUGUGGUCGAGAAUUCUUGGUUAAUUCAAGCCGGGUGCUGUUGGACACCAUUCUGCAGCUUCUGGGAGACUUGAAGCCAGGACAGUGCACCAAACUCAAAGUGUUACUGCUGAUGGCGCUGUACAACGUGAGCAUCAACCUGAGAGGCCUCAAGUACAUCAGCGAGAGCCCGGGCUUCAUCCCGCUGCUCUGGUGGCUCCUGAGUGACCCGGACGCAGAGGUGUGUCUUCACGCGAUGCGGCUUGUCCAGUCUGUGGUCCUGGAGCCGGAAGUCUUCUGCAAGUCCGCCUCGGAGUUCCGGAGCUCCCUGCCCCUGCAGCGCAUCCUGGCAAUGGCCAAGAGCCGCAACCCCCGCCUGCAGGCCGCGGCCCGGGAGCUCCUGGAGGAUCUCCGCGCCCUGGAGCCUGACGCGUAGGGGCGCGUGUCCCUCCCUCCCCCGGGCCCCCACCUUGUAUUCUGGAGCCAUCACCGCGCGCCGUGUGUCCUGCACGGUACACCGUGAGUGAGUCGAGAGGGACGUGAAUGCAUAUGUAUCCACACGACUUCCUCCUAGAAGCGAAAGUCCCUGCGUGAGGCUGGUGACCUUGCCACGGGCAGUCUGUGGAACAGCCCAUCCUUCUAGAAAGGCCCAUGUCCUGUGCCUAGAGAGGGCUACCUUAGAGCUGUUCCUGCUGCUCAGGACACUUUCUAAGACCUGUGGGCCCCCCAUACAAAGGGGGGUGACCUGCCCCACUGGUCAGCAUUUUCCUGGGAUACAUGGUUUGAAAAACAAUUCAUCCUCUCUCUAGUGAUUAUACUUUAUACCCUAAAAUGCAAGUUUACCUUUAAGCCUUGUGGCGAACCUGCUAUUUCAGGUGACAGUGGACAUUUUAGUUCUAUUUUUUUUGUGUGUGCCUGUUUUAUUUUUGAAUAAAGAAAGCCAAAAGAGUCAA